AUGAGUUUAGGAGCUGCUACAAUGUGCUACAUAUCAUAUAAAUCACCGUUUGUCUACUUCACUAAAUAAUCUGAGUUUCUCAAUAAUCCUCACUACAAGUAAACCAAGAUUUAGAGAUAUGCUGUUAUAUAUGGGGCUGGGACUAUAAUAGGCAAAGCUUUUGCAAAAUACCUUGCUGAUAGAAGUUAUGGUUUAAUACUUAUUGAUUACGAUGAUGAUAUAUUAAAGUAGACUGAGAUAUUUCUUUAGACCAAAGUUUAAAGACACAUGAAUUUGAAGUUAAUUACACUUAAACCUGAAAAAGAAGAACUGGAUGAUUUAAAGCUCAUGCAGCCUUUGCAUGGAAUGAGCAAUUACUGCAUUGACCUAUUCAUUAAUGCUAGCAAUGAGCCAACUAAUAUUUAGCAGAGAUUAAAAAAGAUGAAUGGGAAUAGGCAAGAUAUUGGGUCCAAAGGAGAGUUAAUAAUGUAAUCUGAGUUAUUAAGAAAAUUGCAUAAAAUGGAUUGUCAAACAUUCACUGCUCUUAUUUAUCACUUCAAUCAUAUGCUAAGAUCUUCACCCACUCAAUCUUUGAUUAUAAAUGUGAGUAAAGUAAAGUCGAAGUUAAGCGAUUUAUACUCAUAGCAAUCAGAGCAAUCUAAAUAGAUUUGCCAGUCAUUCCAUCAAUCACAGAUAUAAUUCAACAACUAUUUUAGUUAUCUUAUGGGCAACGUCUGGCCCUUAAAGUUAAGAUCGAUAAAUGCAUAACUAGAUUACUCCUCUUAGGAUAAUUUGAAGUAUCUUGAAAGAUAGAUAGAUGCUGUAUUUAGAUCUCUGAAUCAUAGUCAAUGA